AAGACACAUCACAAAACAAAAUCGACCGAUCAUAACGAGAAGAACGUCAGCGGUCCACUACGAUACAAUCGAGAUGUCGAAACUAAUCUCUCUAGCUAUAGUAGCAGUCACAGCGCUUCUUAUUCAAUCCUCAGCAGCACAGACCGCACAUGUCGUCGGAGGCGACUUUGGGUGGAUUGUCCCUCCCGGUGGUUCAAUCGCAUACCGAACAUGGGCAGCCACCCAGACUUUCACUGUCGGCGACAUCCUAGUGUUCAACUUCACGACCGGAGAGCAGGACGUGGCCAGAGUGACAAAGGAAGCAUUUGAUGCGUGCAACUCGACCGGCCCGAUCUUCCUCGAAAAGACUGGCCCCUUCAAUUAUACGCCAGACUCUGCAGGAGAAUACUACUUCAUAGGUACCAUGGACAGGCGCUGCACCUUGGGCCAGAAGCUCGCCAUCAAUGUCACUGCUCUGGGUCCGACUCCUAGUCCAUCUCCUUCAUCCCCGCCAGAUGCUCCGGCACCGGUGACCCCGAGAGGCCCGGUGACCUACACCGUUGGUGAUGGUCUCGGGUGGGAAGUCCCUCCUGGUGGGGAAGUUGCUUAUGCCACUUGGGCUCGCAACAAGGUCUUUAUGGUCGGAGACAUACUAGUUUUCAACUUCAUCAAUGAGACACAGGACGUCGCAGUGGUGACCAAGGAAGCCUAUGAGACGUGCAAUACAACUAGCACCAUCUCCAUCCUCACAACCAGCCCGGCUAGGGUAACCCUCACCAGUGCCGGCGAGUAUCGCUUCACAAGCACUUACUCUCGUCACUGCGCUCUCGGGCAGAAGCUCACCAUCAAUGUUGUUGCCUCUGGCCCAAUUCCAAGCCCGGCUCCAUCAUCAUCCCCUACAGCUCCGGCACCAGUGACCCCAAGGAGCCCGGUGACCUACUACAUUGGUGAUGGACUUGGAUGGGAGGUCCCUCCUGGUGGCGCAGUCGCUUAUGCCACUUGGGCACGCAACAAGGACUUUAUGGUUGGAGACACGCUAGUUUUCAACUUCAUCAAUGGGACACAAGACGUGGCGAUUGUGACCAAGGAAGCCUACGAGAGCUGCAACACCACCAGCACCAUCACCAUCCUCACCACCAGCCCAGCCAGAGUAACCCUCACCACCGUCAGCGAGCACUUCUUCACGAGCACUUACUCUCGUCACUGUGAACUUGGCCAGAAGCUAGCCAUUAACGUCACCGGAACCACUGGCACCUCCCCUUCGCCAUCUCCCAGCAUUGCCACCCCACCAACUGGCACUUCCACUCCAACCACCAGCACCCCUGGUUCUUCCUCGCCAUCCCCAACCGCAGGUGGACCUGCAACCGCUCCGCCACCCUCUAGCUCGGCUCCCCCUAGGGUGAUCUACGGCUUCUCCCUGAUCACCCUCUUGUCCACCAUCUUCUUAGCCGUCUUCCAUUGAUUUCUUCGUUGCCACUUCAUGAGAUUUUCUCGUGUUUUUUCGUCCAAUUCCUGUAGCUAUUGAUCAUAUUUUACACAUACAUAUGUUCUCCUACUUUUUUAUGUAAUGUAAUAAGAACAUUGUUAUUCAUUCCUCGAUAUACAUGUAGUCCGUUACAGUAUCUAUAUAAAUUGCGCAUUUUAUAGUGGAACAAAA